AGUGCAUCCGCUAUGACAACGGCGCCGGACCGGUCUGUCUUUCAUCCCCACCCUUUUCAUUUGGAUUAGUAACUAUUGGAAGCGAUAGAACCAUCCUCCAAAGGCUACAACUGGUAAUUGAACCAUCGUGCAGGGAGAUAUUAAAAACCUAUGCGUACACGGGUUUCAGCUGGCUGUCCAAAUAUCCCUGGUUUCCGUCUCCCAACGUGCUGUGGCGUUUUCUUCUUCCUUCGAUCGCCCUUGCUAUCUUUCUCAGAAAUAUGUCGUCGGGUAAUCCUAGUCGGUCGCCUUUCGAUGUACCAUUUGAUGAGCUGCCGAACCCAAAGCAAGUAUGGGUUGGCAAGCCAGGAAGCCGCGAAGAAGGAUUAGGGAAGCUUGCGAUCUUGACCCCCGAGGUGGUGGCCAAUGCUGCUGCCACUGAAAUCAAGACCGGGCGACGGGUGACGAUGGGCUGGGAACUGACCAAGUUGGAUUAUCCUAAUCUGAACCGUCAACCAUGCCACCAUCAGAUCAUUCCGCUUUUGGGCGGUGUGGCUUUCGACGAUGUCUAUACCAUGAAUCCUCAACAAAGUAGCCAGUGGGAUGGUCUGCGGCAUUUUUCGCAGACGGUUGAGGGCCAAACCGAGCGUGUGUUCUAUGGUGGCGCAACCGUCGAGGAAAUCAAUGAUCGAACGAACAAUCGGAUCGGUUUGCAGCAUUGGGCCAAAGAAGGGAUUGCUGGUCGCGGGGUAUUGAUCGAUUAUGCCACAUGGGCAGAAAAGAGGGGAAUCAGAUACAGCACAUUUUCGACACAUCAAAUCCGGCUGUCACAUAUCAAGGAGAUUGCCAACGAAUGUGGCAUUACUUUUCAAAAGGGCGAUAUACUUUUUGUUCGCAUUGGAGUGACGAAGGAAUGGGAUACCGCCAUGACAGAUGACCAGAAGCGGCAAUACUCGGACAAUCCGAGCCCGGAGCAUGCAGGUGUCGAGGCAACUACAGAUGUGCUGCGAUGGCUUUGGGAUACCGGGUUCGCCGCGAUUGCCAGCGAUGCAAUUAGUUGGGAGGUUUACCCACCCCAGUCGCCUGAUUUGUUCCUGCAUGAGUAUGUACUUGCGGGCUGGGGCAUGCCAAUCGGAGAGCUGUUUGAUCUAGAAGCACUGUCUCAAGUUUGCCAAGAUCUCCAGCGCUGGUCUUUCUUUGUGGCAUCUAUCCCCCUGAACAUGCCCGGAGGAGUAUCUUCACCCCCCAAUAUCAUGGCUAUAUUCUAAGCCGGAUCUACCGACAGCGCUUUAGUUUGGGGCCAAACCGCUUGUACACGACAGCCAUGGACGCUGAAAGCGGAUCAUAUUUUCCAAUUUUCCUUCUCCCAUAUUCGUGACGAAAUUCUGGAGGUGGAGACCUUCAAAGGCUAUACAUAGCCGAGAUGAAAAUAAGGAGGGACAAAUGGAAGUGGGGAUGAAGUGUAGUAAGUGCGCUUUUGAUUAAGCGACGAGAAUGAAUGAGAAAGCACAUACAUACCUAUUCGGACAUCGGGUUUAGAUAGUAGAGCUAUAGCAUG